GACUGUUAGGAUUAUAAAUUCUCAAAAGGCCACUCAACUCCUGGAGCUGGAUCCCCGAAAAUCUACUCUGUCAGCUGCUGCAGUUGCUACCAUUCUCAGGACCCUCAUCAUGAAAGGCCGCCUGCUGUUCGCCUUGUCUUCUCUGUUCUGCUGGGUCUCAGCUGAUAUUCGCUGUCACUCCUGCUACAAGGUCCCUGUUCUGGGCUGUGUGGACCGGCAGUCCUGUCUCCUGGAACGAGGACAAAAAUGCCUGACAACAAAUGUGUACCUCGCUAAGUUGUGGGUUUUCUCCAACCUUCGCUGUGGCACACCAGAAGAGCCCUGUCGGGAGGUUUUCAACCAAACCAGCCACAAGCUGGGGCUGACCUAUAACACCACCUGCUGUAACAAGGACAACUGCAACAGCCCAGCCCCUCGGCCCACCCCAGCCAUAGCCCUGGUCCUCCUUACCUCCUUAGCUGGCCUUGGUCUCUGGCUGCUGCACUGA